AUGGGAGAUGGGAGAAAUGCUGGUGAGAGGUUGAAGGGACUCAUUGAGGUCUGCCGCCGGCGCAGCUGGGUUUCGCUGUCAUACCAGCUGGCUGCGUCCUUGUGGUCAGUCUUGCUUUCUGUCUCAGGGGGCCAGGACUGUUCCGUCUCCUUCGUGUCUCGAGUCCUGGGGAAGGUCUGCGUCCAGGGCAGACAGAAGGAAAUCCUGGGUGUGCUGGUGCCCCGGCUGACGGCGCUCACCCAGGACAGCUGUCUGUGGCAGCGGGUCUGCUGGCGCCUGGUGGAGCAGGUGCCUGAUCGGGCCAUGGAGGCUGUGCUGACUGGGCUCAUGGAGGCUGCGCCGGGGCCUGAAGUCCUGUCUCGACUUCUGGGGAACCUAGUGGUGAAGAAUAAGAAGGCCCAGUUUGUGCUGACCCAGAAGCUUCUGUUCCUGCAGUACCGGCACACGACGCCCAUGCUGCAGAGCCUGCUGGGGUACCUGGCCGCAGACAGCCAGCGGCGGCCGCUCCUUGUCCAGGCACUGAAGGAGCUGCUGGAGACGUGGGGCAGCGGCAGCGCCGUCCAGCACGCGCCCCUGGCUCAACAGCGCUACAUCAGCACAGCCAUCCUCAUCUGCCUGGCGCACCUCGGGGAGCCGGAGCUGCAGGACAGGCGGGACGAAUUGCUGGCCAGCAUGAUGGCAGGGGUGAAGUGCCACCUGGACAGCAGCCUGCCUGCCGUGCGCCGCCUGGGCAUGGUUGUGGCCGAAGCCCUCAGCUCCCGCACCCACCCUGAGGGGCCCGCCCUGAAGUUCCAGUAUGAAGACGAUGACGAGGUGAGCCGUGAGAUGCUGGCCUUGGCCACCCACCAGCCUCUGGGGAACCGCUCCGAGGCGAGAGACCCAUCCCUGGCUCCUCCGGCUACAGAGACUCCUGCAGAGACUGCCGGAGAUGGUGCCCAGUCCCCAGGUCUGCCACAGGGCUCCGGCUCCGGCUCGGAGCUGGACAGUGACGAUGAGUUCGUCCCCUAUGACAUGUCACAGGACAAGGUGCUGAAGAGCAGCAAGGUGCCCCUGUAUGUUCGAGACUGUGUGGAAGUCCUGGCCGUGUCGGAGGACCCGGAGUGCUGGGAGGCCGCGCUGCAGGCCCUUGAGGGCCUGGUCCACAGGAGCCCUGAGGCCACUCGGGAGGUGAGUGUGGAGCUGGCCAGGGUGCUGCUGCACCUGGAGGACAGGACCUGCCUGGUGGGAUUCGAGAGACUACGCCAAAGAGCCCUGGUGCUGGUCACGGUCACAGACCCCGCCCGGGUAGCAGAGUAUCUGACCUCACAAUUCUACGCUCUGAACUACAGCCUCCGGCAGCGCAUGGACAUCCUGGACGUCCUGGUUCUGGCAGCCCAGGAGCUGUCCCGGCCAGGGCGCCUCCAGAGGCCUGGCUGUUAUGGCUCCCCCCGUCCUGGCCCCCAGAGCUUGCCAGCAGUGGCCACCCCUCAGCCUGGCAGCGCUGCGGCUCCUGACUGGCGCGUGGUUGUGGAAGAGCGGAUCAGGAGCAAGACCCGGCGGUUCUCUAAGGGUUCUUCCCGGCAGAGGCUGCCAAGCGGCCCCAACGACUUCAACUCUGUGGCUGGGUGCUUCUUCUUUCCCCUCAUUCAGCGCUUUGACCGACCCCUGGUGACCUUUGACCUUUUGGGAGAUGACCAGUUGGUUCUCGGAAGACUAAUCCAUACCUUAGGGGCCUUGAUGUACCUGGCUGUGAACACCAUGGUGGCUGCAUCCAUGGGGAAAGCCCUGCUGGAGUUUGUGUGGGCCCUUCGCUUCCACGUGGACACCUACGUGCGCCAGGGCUUGCUGUCGGCUGUGGCCUCCGUUCUCCUCAGUGUGCCGGCGGAGCGGCUGCUGGGAGACCUGCCGGAUGAGCUUCUGGAAGCCCGGUCCUGGCUGGCUGAUGUGGCUGAGAAGGACGUGGAUGAGGACUGCAGGAAGAUGGCGGUGAGGGCUCUGCUGCUUUUGGAAAGACUCAAAGACUCGCUCCUCCCUGCUUCCUCCCCCUAGUCCUGCAGUGUCCUGUCCACUGG